AUGACUGUUUCCGCUGGCUGGAAUAUUAAUCACUCGUUGAUAGAAGAUGUUCUCGAAGAAGUUCCGAGAGAUUCAAAAGAGUUAGAGAGACAAUUGUGUAACGUGGAUAUUAGGAAAUAUGGAUCUCCAGGCCUUUCUGAUAUAAAUAAAGAAUCAUCAUUCCUUCUCGGUCCGAUUGUCCUUCAAAUUUCGCGACAUAGAAACGUAUCCCAUCCUCAGAUAGGAGAUAACUAUCACGGAGGAAUCACUCGAAUAUUUUUCACUGAUGGACAUGGGAGCAUAUCCGCACUCAUGUUUGAUGAAAUCAAAGGAUUGAACUCUAACACGCCUCCUGGGACCAAAGUACUUUUAAUGGGAAAAAUACCUAUUGAAGGAGGAUUUCUAAUACUUUCACGAAGUCAGGUCACCGUACUUGGAGGGAAAGUAGAAGCAUUGAUUGAAAAAUGGGUCCUUGAAAAGAACGCUAUUCAAGGAGUUAGUAGAAAAGGACCAAUUUCAGCACCUGUAUGGGUAUCGUUCGGAAGUAAAAAAAACAACAAAGAGCAAAAUACUCGAAACUUCAAAGCUAAUGACUUCAUUAAUAACACAACAAAAAAAGAGCAACAGGAGGAUGACACCUUUUUGAAACAACGCAAAGAAAAUAUUGAGUUGGCUUCCGAAGACACGGCGAAAAAAGUGUUUGCUGCUCCCAAGAUAGCUUUACCGCCAGUACCUGUUCCUUCAACCGAUAAUAAUAGACGAGAAAAACCCCCCAAAGUGAGACAAGAAAAACCGAGAGGAGGCCGCAGGAGGAGAAAUAGUGAAGAUGCCGAUGUUCCUGCUGAGUUUACUAGACCUUCUGCACCUUCUACUUUAUUUGACUUCAUGACCAGUGGAGGAAUCCUUCCUGCUUCAAGUGCCCCUCCGACAAGUUUACCAAAAGAAAAGUCAACACCUCGCGACAACAACAGAAAGCCGAGGGGAGGUGGAGCUGGUGGUAGAUCUAACAAUCCUCCUCGAAACAAUCGUGAUAAUGAGCAUAGACGGUACAACGAUCACACUGGACGUUCGAACAUUCAAUCCAGCACUGCCUACAAUCACAACUACAAUGACUUACGACAUGAUAGAAACCCUGUUCAUCAAGGACCUAGUAGGCCACCGAAAGCUCCAAAUCCAACUUAUCAGAGGGAGAUGAAACAACCGCCUAGGCAUUUCGAACAGAGUGGAUUCCCUGGGUUAGAGGAGGAUAUGGUUCACAAAAUGUCCAACAUGCAUAUAGGGCCCCCAGUAACCUUUAGAAGAAGUAAGCCUUUCCAUGACAAGCAGAACAAAAGACCUGGAUACUCCAAGGGUAUGCCGGUUUGGAAAGUGGGUCAACAGUGCAAGGCGCCUUGGACGGAUGGAGGAUACUAUCCCGCAACAAUCGUCAGUCUGGGUCCUGCGGACAUGUGCACAGUUCGUUAUGACGAAUACGGGAACGUCAGUACAGUUCCUCAAGCUGUGCUCUUAUUCUAG